AUGAAGGUCGCUUUACCCAAGGACCUGGCACAAGACAUUGACCUGGCCAAAAGGAGGCAUGGAGAGAUGUGCAGGCAGAAACGGAUCUUCAACUCGAGGAACAGGCUCAUCGGGGGAGACUCAGAAGCCUGGGAUGUCCAGGUCCAUGACCAGACAAUAAAAGAAGCAACUGAAAAAGUUAGACAUGAAACCUUUGCUGCCGAAAUGAGACAAAAUGACAAAAUCAUGUGCAUAUUGGAAAACCGGGAAAAGAGAGAUCGGAGAAACCUGUGUAGGGCUCUCAACAAUUUCCAGCAGCGCUUUCAGAUGCCAGAAACCCGCCGGGAAUUUGACUUGUCUGAUCCCCUGGCCCUUAGGAAAGAUCUUCCAGCCCGGCUGUCAGAUAAUGAUGUGCGGAAUUCCAUAUCAGGAAUGCAGAAAUUCAUGGGAGAGGAUUUAAACUUCCAAGAGAGGAAGAAAUUCCAAGAGGAACAAAACCGAGAAUGGUCCUUACAACAGCAAAAAGAAUGGCUGAAUGCCCGAGCGGAUCACAAAUCUGCAGAGUCCCUGCACACCCAGACGCGGCUGCAGCUGGACCACACGGCCCGGCACCUGCAGAUGCUGGAGGGCUCCACCAGGAGAGCAGUGUGCGCCACGGUGAAGGAGUUCAAUAAGAACCAGGCUCUGGAGGCGGCAGCGAGGAGAAGGCGAGAGAAAAAGCAGGAGCAAGAGGACAACCUGGCUGAGAUCUCCAACCUGCUGCGUGGGGACCUGCUCUCCGAGAACCCUGAACAGGCGGCCAGCUCCUUCGGGCCACACCGUGUGGUUCCCGACCGCUGGAAGGGCAUGAGUCGGGAGCAGCUGGAGAGGAUCCGCCUGGUGCAGAAGCAGCAAGUCCAGGAGAAGCUGGUGGCUACCUCUCCUGCCCUCCCAAGCUCCCAGCACCACCCCACUCACCUGCUCAGAGGCCUAGGGACUGUGAGGGGCCGGGGGGCUGUGCUCUCCUGGAGAGAGAGCUUGCAUAAUGCCACCAGCCAGAAAAACUAUAUGAAAGAAGUCUACACGAAUGAUCCCACUGGAGACUAUUUCUCACAAUUUAAUACCAGGAGUAGAUGA